AUGACCUGUCAAACAUACCAGAGGUGUGUUACCAGGCAGGGAGAAGGGACAGAGUCAUUCAUCCUUAGGGUUGUAAAGGCAGAAUGGUGAGCUAAGGAGGGUCUGAGGCACCCCAGUGAGCUGGUCGGAGAGCCCAGAAGGCUGCAUAGCUGGCCAGGGCUUACCAGAUGGCUGCAGAGAGGCCUACCUCAGUUCCUACAAACUGGGAGCUGGAGCCAGUCCAUCCAAGCAGUGCCUGAAUCCCAUCCAGGCAACUGGGCCAAGUCCCUGAGGCUGUCUCUGAGACCAGAAGGUACAACUAGAAGGAAAUGUGGAUUUAAAUUCCAAGGCAUAAGAGGAAUGCUCACAGUAUCUAAGAAGGAACUGAAAAUGACUUUCGUAGAUUCUUGA